AUGCAUCUCCCCGGGGCGCUUGUCCUCUCCCUCGGGCUCGCCGCCUCCGCCGUGUCCGCGAAGCGGCAGCAACGGCCCCCGCCAGCCAACGCCGCCGUGCUCCUCUCCUCGGUGCAGUCGCUGACGCUCCGCGGCGGCGGCGCCAAGACGUCGCACCGCCGCGUCCCGGCCGUGCCGCAGCUCCGGUGCGUCUCGCCGCGCGCCCUCUGCAGCCUCCACGCCAUUGACGUGAUGCGCUGCACCAACCAGGGCUCCUCGUACGGCGACCAAGACGUCGAGUGGAGCUGCGCCGCCUCGCUGCCCGCUGAGCUCAAGCUCGGCGCGACCGACGUCAUCUGUGAGGGUUACGCCUCGGCCGACGAUCCGUACGUGCUCAAGGGCAGCUGCGGUGUCGAGUACACGCUCGCGCUCACGGAGCUGGGCGAGCGCCGAUAUCCGGACCUGGCGAGGGGAGGGGAUGAUCGGUGGUUUGGCGGCGACGCGCAGGGCGGCAACAACGCCUGGGCGGGGCUGUUUUUCCUUGUUUUUGUCGCUGUUCUUGCCUGGAUCGUGUAUUCGGCUUGCGUAGCCGCCUCGGAUAACAACAGAAGACAAGCAAACCCGGCCAGACGAUACGGGGGCGGAGGCGGAGGCGGCGGCGAUGGAGGUGGUGGUGGCGACGGCGGCGGCGGCGGCGGCGGCGGUGGCUGGCCUUUCCGCAAUGAUCCCCCGCCACCCUACCCAGGAACAAACAACAACUACAAGUCAUCCUCAAAUGGCGGCGGCAGUAGCAGCAGCCAGCAACAACAGGGAUGGCGGCCUGGUUUCUGGACGGGCCUCGCAAGUGGCGCCGCCGCCAGCUAUCUCGCCAGCGGCCGCAACCGCGACAACCGCAACAACUACGGCUACGCACCCUGGGGCUCCAACAACUACGGCUCCGGCUCGCGAUGGGGUGGCGGCGAUUCAUGGGCAGGACCAUCGUCGUCGUCGUCGUCUUCGAGCCGCCGCGGCGGAAGCAGCUCCGGCGAAAGGCACGAGAGCACCGGCUUCGGUUCUACGCGACGCAGAUGA